AUGCUGAUUUUUGGUGUUGUAGUUUCUGCAGAGGAGGCCAAAAGUAAGCGCAGCCACCGGUUUAACACCGCCACGGAGGCGCAACGCCAGAAAGGCGGAACACAGGCGAGCACGGGCGAAACCGCCCGGCAAAAAGCGGGGAGCGUCAAAUGCACGGGCGAAACCGCCCGGCAAAAAAGGAAAAAGGGGGCGCUGGCAGCCAGCCGGGCACGGACCCCCCGGGGACAUGCCGGCGAGCUACCGGUAUCGCGGCCAAAGCAUAAUAACGAAGCUAAAAAAUAA